CACCGCAAUCCCGCCGCCUGAUUGGUUCCCUUGGCCGCCCGUCACGGUUGGGGCUGGGGGGGAGGGGGGGAGAGAGCGCGGCCGCCGCCUGAGAUCGCAGCACAGAGCAGCUCCCAGCACCACUGAGCCAAACUGGAUUUCAAGCGGUGAUUUGUCAGGAGCAGCAAGUCCCCCGUGGGCACUGCCUGUGGGCCAGCAUGACGAGUGAAGUGGUGGAGAACGAGUUUGAGUUUUACUCCAAGGCAGAGAAGUACUGGAAGGAUGUGCCCCCCACGGUGGAUGGGAUGCUGGGGGGCUACGGCCACAUCUCCAGCAUUGACAUCAACAGCUCCAGGAAGUUCCUGCAGAGGUUUCUGCGGGAAGGUCCCAACAGGACAGGCACAACCCGUGCUCUGGAUUGCGGGGCGGGCAUCGGGCGGAUCACCAAGAGGCUGCUGCUGCCUCUCUUCAAGACAGUGGACAUGGUGGAUGUGACAGAGGAUUUCCUCACCAAGGCCAGGAGCUACCUGGGGGAGGAGGGCAGGCGGGUGCGCAACUACUUCUGCUGUGGCCUCCAGGACUUCAGCCCCGAGCCCAACUCCUACGAUGUCAUCUGGAUCCAGUGGGUCAUUGGACACCUCACUGACAAUCACCUCUCCGACUUCCUGAAGCGGUGCCGCGCCGGCCUGCGGCCCAACGGCAUCGUGGUCAUCAAAGACAACAUGGCCCAGGAGGGAGUCAUCAUGGAUGAUGUGGACAGCAGUGUCUGCAGGGACCUGGACGUGGUCAGGAAGAUCAUCCGCAGGGCUGGGCUGCACCUCCUGGCUGAGGAACGUCAGGAGAACUUCCCUGAUGAGAUCUACCACGUCUACACCUUCGCCAUGAGAUGAGAGCCCUGGCGGGGGGAGGAGAAAGGUCUCUCCAGGGCCAGCUGGGAGCACGGCAGCUCCUGCCAGGGCUGGGAGGGGUGAGGACUGUGCCUUCAGGGUGGGGUGGCAGGCAGCAGCCAGGGGAGUUGUCACUCCCUCUUCUCCAGGGCUGGUGGCAAGGACGGGGCUUUGUCUUCCAAGUUGCUGCUGUUUGUGAAAAGAGGCGUUUGCCAAAUACAUUUUCCUGCUGUUGCACU